CUUCUUAACUUGGAGGAUCAUUCAUAUGCAGCCUUCUCAUACUUUGACAAAGACGGGAGUGGAUACAUCACUCAGGAUGAGCUCCAACAGGCCUGCUAGCAUUUUGGCUUGGAAGAUAUUCAUUUGGAAGAGAAUACACAAAGUUGAUCACGACAAUGACAGGUGCAUUGACUACAGUGAGUUUGUAGCCAUGGUGCAGGACACUGAUUUUGACAGGAGGCACAAAGCAUAACUUAAGUAUGGGAUUCAAAGAAGCAUUUAAGAAUUGACACCUGACCUUGUCAUUCCGAGGCUGCAAAAUCAAUAGAUCAAAUGAAC